UGUUCAGAAUUUUUUGUCUUCAAGUGUUAGUAUCCAUCAAAAUUACCCCUGAUGUUUAAAUGCAGAUUCCCAGGUCUCAGCACUGACCUAGAGAAUUAGAAUCCCUGGGGGAAGGGCUCAAGCUGCAGGAAUGCUUUUUUAAAAACAAAAAACAAAAAACAGAAAACAGUGCCCUAGAUGAUUCCAAGGCGGGUGGCUGGUAAGCAUACUCUGACAAAUAUUAUACAUGUGGCAGUUUCUUUCCCAAAAUUGGCCACAACCAUACUUUCCAUUACAUAUAUGCUGCUAGUUCCUAGAGUCUUGCAGCUCCCCUUUCAAGAGGUGGUGUCCAUGUUCCCUGCCCUUGAGACAGUGUGGGUUUUGUGGCUGAUUGACUGAUGGAUUAUGGUUAUUGUGAUGCCAUGUGACUUCCACGAGGCCAUGUGAUUUCCACGGCUGGGUCAAAAAAGGCGAUUUAGUGUCCAUUUCAGCUUGCUAGAACACUUACUCUUGGAGCCCAGCCACCAUGCAAUGGGGAAGCCCAAGAUGCCCCAGGGAGAGGCCCAUUUGGAGUGAAACUAACAGCCAGCACCAACUUGCCCGCCUUGUGAACCAUCAUGGAAGCCAAUCUUCUGGUUGCACAGGCUGAUGCAGCACAAGCAGAGUGUGCCUUCCUGCCAAGCCCUGCCCAGACUGCAGACCUACACACUCCCAACACAAUACCACUCUGCCUUUCUGCCUACCAGCAUGAAUUAUCCUGGGUCCUCUAUAAAAUAUUCUGAAAAGUAUCUUUGUCCAGUUUCAUUUACUUUUGCAGAUUCUUCUAGUCACAGAACCACCUAUUGCAGACUUCUGGUUAUUUGAAAUUCUCAUUAUUACCUCUGAACCUUGGCUUCUCAUCUAAAACGUUCUGUUAAUAAUAGAGACUACUUCAUCUGUUUCAUAAUUGAAUGAUGUAUUAAAUUUAUUAACCAUUUAGCAUCGUGCCAGCACAAAAUAUUUCUUAUUGUUCUUAGUAGGUUUCUUGUAUUCAGAGUUCUUUAGUGCACUAUUUUUUCUCUCUCAUAGCUCAAUGCCAUUUCACAGGCCAUUUCCUAUGCUUGGCAUACUCUUCCCUACAAGGUCAGGUAGGUUCUUACUCAUCAUUUAGGACUUCACUUAUUUAAGAAGGCUUCCCUGAGUUCUCAAGCAGUUAAUGCCUCUCUGCUAAAAUAGCACCUUGGAGGAACCUGUAUUACAGACAGCCCUUAACACAUUGGAUUGUAACUAAUUGUUUACUGGUCUCUCUUCUCCAUUGGAAUCUAAGUUCCUGGAAAGCAUGGUCAGUCUUGUCUUCAUUUAUUCACCAUCUACUGUCUGUUAGUGUGCUAGGAAACACUGUGGUUAAGUAGUUAAGGGCCAGGUCUUGGCGGAUCUGCCUGGGGACAAAACAGCUCCUUGGAAAAGAUUAACUAUCUAAGCCUCAUUUGUAAAAUGGAAACAACACCUCCUCACGAUUGCUGUGAAGAUGAAGUAAAGUGCUUGCAAACAGUCCAUCACACAGCAAACCAUCCGUCAUCAGGAUAAAAUGCUUCCCCAAGAAUUCAAUUUUCGGGCACCCCCACUCUAAUUCUCUCAUAGGACCUCGCACUCUAUAGGUAAUCUCUGGUUUACGGAUUACUCUGGGUUCUUUAAACCUCUCCUUGGUCAUUCGUCCUGUUAACAAUUCUGAGUCUCAACCUUUAGGUCUAGGCGUUCAGAACCAUUCUUCCCGCCUCCAACUCGCUCCAAACCCUUUUCCUUCAGCCUACCCUGGGCCUAGGGGUGUGUCAGAGGUCCGAUUUAUACAAUUUAAACAUCAAAACUCCCCCAACAGCGUGUGAAUAACUGGAGAGACCCCCAGUCAGAGCUUUGCCACCGAGUUUCGGUCUUGCCCUCCCUUUGAGGAAGGAGCAAGACGAUGAGCCCCACCUCAGUAGUUCACUGCAGAGCCAGCAGGGAACGCGCGCAAUGCAGGCUGAACUGAAAGAACGAACGCGUGAAUGAAUGAAUGGGAUACGUCGUAGGCCAGGCCUCUGUUACGUCGUCCACCGGCGCGGGCGUGGCCACGGUUAAGAGAGACGCGCGCGCGGUCGGGCGCGGGCCGUGCCGUACCACCGUCGCAGGCAGGCUCGGCCACGAGCGCCAGAGCCCCGCGCCUCCCCUCGCGGCCUCUCCCAAGUCCCUGCCCCGCCGCAGAGCGUCACUUCCGCCAUCCCCGGCCGCGGUUGGGGCGGGGCGCACGGGGGAGGGGGCCAGGUCGGAGGGAAGCCCGCCCGUGCCCGAGCCCGCGCCUGAACAGGGACUACAUUUCCCGAGGGGCCUCGGCGGCGGCUGCGGCGACGGGCGCGGCAACGUCCCCCGGAAGUGGAGCCCGGGACUUCCACUCGUGCGUGAGGCGAGAGGAGCCGGAGACGAGACCAGAGGCCGAACUCGGGUUCUGACAAGAUGGCCGGGCUGCCCCGCAGGAUCAUCAAGUUCAACUGCUCUGCUUCCAUCUGUUCUUGUCUUGCCUUACCUAUUAUGGAGUCCUCAGGCAUUAAAUUUUGUUGUGAUUGCUGCAUUUGAAACCAGAAAGAACCUGAAGAAAAAGGGUCGAGAAACCCAGCGUUUGCUGGCAGAACCAGUUCCUGGCAUCAAAGCCGAACCAGAUGAGAGCAACGCCCGUUAUUUUCAUGUGGUCAUUGCUGGCCCUCAGGAUUCCCCCUUUGAGGGAGGGACUUUUAAACUUGAACUAUUCCUUCCAGAAGAAUACCCAAUGGCAGCCCCUAAAGUACGUUUCAUGACCAAAAUUUAUCAUCCUAAUGUAGACAAGUUGGGAAGAAUAUGUUUAGAUAUUUUGAAAGAUAAGUGGUCCCCAGCACUGCAGAUCCGCACAGUUCUGCUAUCGAUCCAGGCCUUGUUAAGUGCUCCCAAUCCAGAUGAUCCAUUAGCAAAUGAUGUAGCGGAGCAGUGGAAGACCAACGAAGCCCAAGCCAUAGAAACAGCUAGAGCAUGGACUAGGCUAUAUGCCAUGAAUAAUAUUUAAAUUGAUCCGAUCAUCAAGUGUGCAUCACUUCUCCUGUUCUGCCAAGACUUCUUCCUUUUUGUUUGCAUUUAAUGGACACAGUCUUAGAAACAUUACAGAAUAAAAAAGCCCAGACAUCUUCAGUCCUUUGGUGAUUAAAUGCACAUUAGCAAAUCUAUGUCUUGUCCUGAUUCACUGUCAUAAAGCAUGAGCAGAGGCUAGAAGUAUCAUCUGGAUUGUUGUGAAACGUUUAAAAGCAGUGGCCCCUCCCUGCUUUUAUUCAUUUCCCCCAUCCUGGUUUAAGUAUAAAGCACUGUGAAUGAAGGUAGUUGUCAGGUUAGCUGCAGGGGUGUGGGUGUUUUUAUUUUAUUUUAUUUUUGAGGGGGGGAGGUAGUUUAAUUUUAUGGGCUCCUUUCCCCCUUUUUUGGUGAUCUAAUUGCAUUGGUUAAAAGCAGCUAACCAGGUCUUUAGAAUAUGCUCUAGCCAAGUCUAACUUUAUUUAGACGCUGUAGAUGGACAAGCUUGAUUGUUGGAACCAAAAUGGGAACAUUAAACAAACAUCACAGCCCUCACUAAUAUUGCUGUCAAGUGUAGAUUCCCCCCUUCAAAAAAAGCUUGUGACCAUUUUGUAUGGCUUGUCUGGAAACUUCUGUAAAUCUUAUGUUUUAGUAAAAUAUUUUUUGUUAUUCUACUUUGCCUUUGUACAGUUUAUUUUACUGUGUUUAUUUCAUUUUCCCAAUUUGACAAUCGUAUUUUAAAAUUGAAACUGAUGGAACAUUCUUUCUUGGUCUUCACCAUCUGACAAAUUGAAUGGCAAGAGGUGGAUUUUGCCAGUUUCUUUUCACUGAUGCAGAUUUGUGUUAAGAUAGUACUGAAUGGAGUAUUUAUAAACUGGCCCUGAGCAUGCAUAAAGCAUCAGUAUCUGACCUUUUUUUAACCUUCUAGGAAUUUGAAAUAAAUGUGUUUGUGUUGUCUGAUUAGAUGAUCAUUGGUGUCUUGCCACAAUGUUUAAAAAUCACUGUACAGGAAAGUCACAGCAAAGAUAGCAGUUGUGACUGACAUGUAGGACUUUCACAGUUGUGCCACAUUUUUGCCUAAAAUUUGGGUUAUGACAUUUUUCUUGGUUCUUGUCUGAAAAUUUCAUCUGUAACCUUUCAUGUGUGUUAAGAAACACUGAUCUGAUAAUCAUUUGGGAUUUGCUGAGGCAUUUGUGAGUCUUCCUUAUAAACCUGAUGAGCAGAUCUCAAGUAUCCAGCUUGCGUGUCAUCAGAAAGGUUUAUCCCUUUGAGAGUAUCAAGUCCUCAAUUAAUGAUUCUUGCUUUCAUCCCUCCAGUAUUUGCUGUGGGAGCUCGUUUUAUUCUUUAAUUUGGAAUUCAGUAAUUUUUCUUCUUUAUUGACAGAAUUCCUCCCCUCACAAAACUGUUCUUUCCCACCUCUCUCCAUAUCUAAUUCCUGAUUCUUGUUAUUUUUAAGUCAUAAAUGUAGCCAGUCAUAAAUACAUAAAUGUUAACCUUCGGGUUGCAACCUUGUCUCUUGCAGUUUAAGGUAAUGGAUAUUGUAGCCCAUUUGAAUUUUCUUCACUCUUAUUCUCGUAAUUCUGGAGUUUCUUCAGAUUGUGGUGUAUUUUAUUGUGCUCCUAUGUAAGAUGAAGAAUUAACUAUUAAAAUUACAUUUUCAACAUACAAAA